AUGAGGAUCCCUGGUGCUCAGCUGAAGGAGACCUUGCGUCAGGUCUGGUGUGGUACAGUUCAGCUCUUCACAGCUGACUCCCCCGACAGCCGGAGGGACAAGCUGCUUCUCUCCGUCGCCUGCCUCGCCCUGAGCGUCUUCCUGUCAUGCCUGCUCUUCAUUGGUCUACGCUACUCUCUAAAGUAUGAGGUCGAGGUGUCUGCUGGAAUGGCGGUUGCUUUUGCCAUAGGUUCUACUGUAGCCUUGUCCGUGUCGCACUGCGUCCGCUGUUUUGCCGUGCUGGUCCUCAUCUCCUGCGGCCUGAAGCAGACGCGGAACGUCCUUAUCGCUGCCGGAACGAGUUUGGUGAUCUUGUGGAACGUGGAGAACACACUGGAGAACCUCCGGGGACUGGCCAAGAGUCUGCUCUGCAACCUGGAGGCCAAGAAAGUCCUGGUGGACCUGGCGCCGCUCAGCAACUACGUGCGGAUGCUCAAAUGGGUCGGGGGCCAGCUCAAGCACUUCACCGACUUCGGCUUUAUGUCCGUCGUGCCGGAGUUCAAGCUGAAGGCCUCGGUCGACUCGGUGGAGUUCACGCAGAAGGUGUCCGAGGCCAAGCGUGUGCUGAACCAGACGGCCACGUCCGCCCUGGCCUCCAUGAACGCGGCCGCCUCCGUGGCCCAGAAGCUUCUACCAGCGCUGGGCAUCCUUCUGCUCGUGCUCCUCACCGCCCGCUACGUGAAGAAGUACCGCACGGACAGGGCCUUCCAGAACAUCUUCGUCACCAAAGCCCUGCUGAGGUACGACGAGCAGCAGAGGGCCCAGGGCAGGCCCUCCAUUUUCCCACUGAGGGAGAACGAGAAGAAGCGCUACGUCGCCAUUCCGUCUGCCCGUCCUUCUGCCAAGGAGGGAAAGGUCAUUUUGAGAUUCGCCAUGCCAGUCUUGACCAACCUGCUUAUCUGGCUGUUCUUCAUUGGCAUCGACGCACUGGUGUAUUGGAUCAUAGCGGUGCUUCGCACUCGACUAGAGGAGCUGGAACCGUUUCAGGUCCCUGUGAUCAUGCAUAUAAAGGAGGACAAAGCCUUCAUCGGGAUCCCACUCGGUGUGGACAAAGACAGGCAGGACUACUCUUACAAUAUCACCCUCUUUGAAAAAAAGUGUCUGCCAGAGCCCAAGCUGCUGGUGUACUCCACCGCUCCCCUGGCCGUUAUUCUCACCCUGCUGGUGUGCCUCAGUCUCGUGUCGGCCAAACUCACCCAGCUCCGGCUGUUUGUGUCCGAGCACUUCUUCUCGGAACACGCCGAGGCUCGAGCCCAGCACCUGCAUGAGAAGAUCCUGAGGAAGAGGUCCAAGAGCAAGUUGGAGAAGCUGAAAGGAGAGCUGGCGACACUGGUCAAGCAGGCACAGUUUUGGUGUCCGAUCAUAUUUGGACAACAGCAAGACCAUUUUUAACCCCUGGCCUGACUCAGGCAUGAGUAAAGCUACAGUAAGUGGCGUGUAUGGUCAGUGUUGUACGUUCUGCCUC